GCGGUGGUUAUUGGCCUUAGAUGAACCUGCAUCUACCCCAUGCGGUAACACAGUCGUCAACCACGAACCAUCGGGGUGGACCGUUGGACCGUAAUAGGGGAUGCUGGAACGCGGGAAAUUUUGUUCCAGUGCCGCAAUCGCAACGGCUUUGGCAGUUUCAGGUGGAAAACAAACUAGCUGUGAUAAUGAAACUACCAAGUUAUCUUUACAUUUGCAGAAUGAACGAUAUAUUUGCAAUCCUGAUAAUCUAUACGCUACACCACGAAUCGAUUUGCAUGAGAUAGAAUGGAUAGAAGCUGACUCGCUAGAGACUGAUGUCCCAAAAUUUGUAACCGGUUCGUCAAUAACAGCAACAACUGCAACGCGAAAUAAUUUGAGAAAAUGUUGCCGAACUUCAACCAGUUCUGGUUACUCCAGUCAUUCUCCGCCAUUGUCAGCUGGUUCAUAUUCUUGUUAUGCUUCAGCAGUUUCCGGUCAGAGCUUUUUUCGAGGUAUACCUUUAACAAUGAAGGAUCAGUUUGGCGGAGGUCUUGCUGUAAUUAACGAAAGCGAGUCAAUUCCACGUCCUAUUUGGCCAACCGCGUUUCCCAGUCCACGCGAACUUUAUCAGAGCGACGAAAAUCCCGAAUACGAUACUUUAUACACGUGUUGCGGAUGCGGUUGCGCAUAUACCUAUUCGUAUUGUGAUUGGGAUUAUGAAAAAUCUGCAAGUACAUCAGCACAUGAUGUCCUCCUUGAAUUAUCUCGAACACUGAAUUCUGUGAUAGAAGGCAAGAACGCUAUGACACCAGAAGAAAUCUUACAUAAUAUCUCAUAUAAGGUUGCUCAAGGAAUUGGUUUCAAAGGAGGUCUUUAUGAAUACGUUUAUCAUAAUUCCUCUUUCGUACCAAGCAAACGAUCAUUCUUAAGCGACAAGAAUUCAUGUCUAUUAAGCUGUAAUAAAAAUUCAUCAUCGAAGAUCAAUCCAGUAAACUCAAAACUUUACAAUAAUACGCGACAGUUUUAUCUACACAAUCCAUGGUACACUUGCUUAUGCACCUGUGAACAUACUCAUAGAUUUUUAUCGUCUUCGAAGAAUGAUGAACAAACCGAGAUGAUCGAUGUAGCGGAGAAGAAAAAAAAUCCAUCUGUUGUGCUUUUGAUGGACAGUCAUUCUCAAAGAACAAAUUUAGAAUCAACAUUGCAGAACAAUAAAAAUACUUCUGAGUCGCAUAUUUGCAAGUGCCUGAAUCGUUCAACUUCUCAUAAUAAAAGAGUGCAAAAUGUAUAUGUUAAUCAUUGCAUUAAAAGUGAUACGAAAGAAACCAUUAAUAUCAAUGAAGAAACCAAGCAGAACCUGAAUAAAGUUAUUUCUAACACCCCAGAAUACUCUAUGCAGUUGGAGUGCAGUGAUGGUGAUUCAUUCAACAAAGAUAUAGCCUUCUCAUCCAACAAAAAUAAUUGGGAUUACCAUAUACGAGGAUUUGCCGAAGAUCUAGAUUUUACACUUGACGUUUCACGAGCUGAACGCUUGGGUCGUGUGAUUGCAAAAGCAAAACAAAAGCGACAUUGGUGCAGAGCCCUAACUGCCUUCUUCGGACUAGUCUUCUUUCUUUUAAGUGUCGUCAUUGUUUCCUUGUCCGUAACGAGAGGUCGUAAAGUAUUUGGAAGCAUGUAAUUCGAUUUAUAAACAGUAACAAUUUAGUCAAAAUAUUCUCAUAAUGGCUAUCAUGGUA